GUUCUUAUCUUGCAGUGAGAUAGUGAAUCGUGACCCUCUUCCUCUCGGUGCUGCUCUCGUCUCUUUAGCUGCAGGCAUUACCCGUGAGGAAGCUGUUUUGACGAGUGCAGGCGGGGAAUCGCCGUUAGGCGCCAUGGGGGAGGGUAUUCGAGACACGGGUCAUGACUUGCAAAAUGGAGCGGGUUCCGCUAGUCGAGCCGAGCAGGAGGCGAUGAUUGGCGGGGAGGCGGGAGGACCGGAAGAUAGACGGACACAAGACGGAGCGACGGACAAGGCAACUUCAGGAGGCGAAGCGGAAGGCGGACCCAGCAGCAGUAAUGGGCCGACGACUGCGGAGAAAACGGAUCGCCAUUCCGAGGAAGGGGAGGAGGAGGAGGAGGAGGAGGAGCACGUGGAGGUAUCACCGGAGGCGAAGGCCAACCCCCUCUCCAAGCUCAUCUUCUGGUGGUUGAACCCGCUGAUGAACGCGGGGUACCGCAAGCCGCUGGAGCAGGCGGACCUGCCGCCGCUGCCGCCGUGCGACGACGCCAAAGCCGUGUCCGUGAAGUUCGCGCACGUGUGGGCGGAAGAGAUCCACAAGGACAAGCCGUCGCUGACGCGCGCGCUGUUCCGGUGCUUCCGCUACCGCCUGAUCAUCGGCGCGCUGGUGCAGUUCGUGAACGUGCUGCUGCAGGCCACGCCGCCCAUCUUCCUGAACGCGGUGCUGCUCUUCAUACAGGGCACGCCAACCGACCAUUUCAUGAAGAAGAUCUUCGGUGACAACUUUGGGUACUACUCUGCAGCGGCACUGUUCGUGGUGCCCACAGUGCGGUCGCUGCUAGACGCACAAUACAACAACAUCAUGUUCCGACUCGGCGUGCACGUGAAAACGGCGCUGGUGGAGAUAGUGUACGACAAGUCUCUCAAGCUGUCCAACGGCGCUCGCCAGGGCAAAUCCGUGGGGGAGAUCGUCACUCUCAUGCAGGUGGAUACGGAGAAGGUGUCUAUGACCACGCCAUUCCUGCACUUCACUUGGAGCGGCCUCCUACAGAUCUUCAUCAACCUGGGGCUGCUGAUCUACUACAUCGGGUGGAGUGCUGUCGCCGGGUUCGCGCUGCUCAUCAUCACGAUCCCCACACAGGGCAAGUUGGUGAGUCUGCUGCUGGCGAUGCAGAGGAAGAUUCUGCUCAACACGGGCAGGCGAGUCAAGGUGAUCAACGAGCUGCUGCAGGGCAUCCGCGUGGUGAAGUGCUACGCGUGGGAGCAACCGUUCACAGCGGCCAUAGCGGGCAUCCGCAGCGUGGAGCUCAAGGCCAUGAGGAGCAGAGUGUGGCUGCGCGCUGUGCAGACGUGCUUCAUGCUCGCCACGCCCACGCUCAUCAUGGUGGUGACGUUUGCGUUCUACUCGGAGGUGGCGCACGGCAACAUGAUGGCGUCCACUGUCUUCACCGCGCUCUCGCUCUUCAACUCGCUGCGCAUCCCCCUCAUGAUCUAUCCGUUUGUCAUCAACUCCGUCCUGGCAGGACAUGUGUCGCUGCAACGCCUGGGCAAGUACCUUUCGAGUGCGGAGAUGCAGCACGUGGAGAAGAACGAGGAUAAGGGCGAUGACCCCGUCGCUGUCUCCAUCGACCAUGGCAACUUCCAAUGGUCCACGGCCAAGCCCCCUGCAGCAUCGUCGUCCAAGCCAGGCGGCUCCAAGGUGGCUCCCGGCAUGGGCGGGGGCUUCGGUGGGCCCAUGGGCAUGGCAGGGGGAGGACCCCCAGGCUCAGCUCGCUCUGCCGCCAGCAAGGCGGGCGGGCAGGAGGCGAAGGGCAAGCAGGGGGGGAAGAAGGGGUGGUGGCGAUGGGGCAAGUCCAAGGCAGUGGCAGCUGAGAAGGUCGGCGAGGGGGCGGAGGAGAAAGGCAGUGGUGGUGCUGACGUGAAGGACAAGGGCAAGGAGAAGGAAAAGGAGAAGCCGUUUGCUCUCAUUGACGUCAAGAUCAGCGUGCCACGGGGGUCACUGUUCGCCAUAGUGGGGUCCGUGGGCAGUGGCAAGAGCUCGCUCAUAUCAGCCAUCCUCGGGGAGAUGGAGGCACAGCGAGAGGACGAGGAGGGGGGUGGAGCACGCAAGAGCACAGACCGCAAGAGUGGGGAGAGGAGGAGGAGCAGCGAGAGGAGGAGCAGCGAGAGGAGGAGGAGUGGGAGUGAGGGCGGGGUGGCCAAUGGGGAGAACGAGGAGGACAAGUGCCGUGUGGCUAUCAACGGUUCUCUCGCAUACUGCAGCCAGCAGGCGUGGAUCAUGAACACGUCCCUGAGAGAAAACAUUCUGUUCGGCCACGAGUACGAGGAGGACCGGUACAACGCCAUCCUCGACGCAUGUGCUCUCAGGAAGGACCUAGCAGCGCUGCCAGACGGCGACAGCACGGAGAUUGGCGAGCGCGGGAUCAACCUAAGCGGCGGGCAGAAGCAGCGCGUGGCGCUGGCGCGCGCCGUGUAUGCGGACACGGACAUAGUCCUGCUGGACGACCCUCUCUCUGCUGUGGACGCGCAUGUGGGCGCGCAUUUGUUUGAGCGCUGCGUGCGCGGGAUACUGGAGAACAAGACCAGGGUCUUUGUGACCAACCAGCUCAACUACGUGCCUGAGGCGGACCUGAUAGCAGUGGUGGACAAGGGAACGGUGGUGGAACAGGGCACGUACAAGGAUCUGAUGGCGCGGGGUGGCAUGUUCGCGCGCCUCAUGCUGGAGAGUGGCUCGCACAAGCACGCCCCCAACGCCCUAGAUGGGCCCGAUGCCGCAUCCUCCUCCUCCUCCUCGCCUGCUGAGCCUGCUUCCAAGCAGCUCUCGCGCCUCGUGUCGCGGGGCAGGCAGUUGGGCGGUUCUAAGGCUCGCACUCGCUCUAUGAGUCGCAGAGCGUCAUUCUCCACGCAGGGCACUCUGGUGGAUCAAGAGGCAAGGGCCAGAGGCGUGCUCAAAAUGGAGGUGUACCGCAAGUACUGGCUGGAGACGAGCUGGGUCAUCCCCGCGGGAGUGCUGAUGCUGUUUGUGAUCGUUCAAGCCGUGGAUGCCUUCACUCGCUACUGGCUCGCCUACUGGACCAAGAACCAGUUCAACCAGUCCGCCGGCUUCUAUCUCGGCAUCUAUGCCUCAUUGGCCAUGCUGUACACCAUCCUGGUGUACUUCCGCACGCUGGGGCAGGCGUUCCUGGGGCUGUGGACGUCCAAGAAGCUGCAUGAGGGCAUGCUGUCGUCUGUGCUGCGUGCGCCCAUGUCCUUCUUCGACACCACGCCUGUCGGCCGCAUCCUCAACCGCUUCAGUGCGGACCAGGCAGGCGUGGACGAGACACUGCCCUUCUCCUGGUCCACCUUCCUCAACAUCCUCUUCCAGGUGUUUGGCACCAUCAUAGUGGUGACCAUCGUGACGUGGGAGUUCAUCAUCGCCUUCAUCCCCGUCGCAUGCCUCUACUUCUGGGUCCAGCAGACGUACCGCAAGACAGCGCGCGAGUUGAAGCGGUUGGAUGCGGUGAGCAAGAGCCCUGUGUACCAGCAGUUCACGGAGACGCUCAACGGGCUGCCAGUCAUCCGCGCGUACAACCAGGAGGAGCGCUUCCUGCGCAUGUGCGAUGACAAGCUGGACGCCAACAACCGUGCCUUCUUCCUGCUCAAGUGCUGCGACCGCUGGCUGUCCGUGCGCCUGGAGCUCAUGGGCAACACCCUCGUCUUCGCCGCCGCCAUCUUCGCUGUGAUCAACCGUGGCAGUGUGUUUGCUGGCUAUGCGGGCAUCAGCAUAGACUAUGCACUGCAGAUCACUGCUGCUCUCGGCAUGCUGGUGCGGCAGAUGACUGACACAGAGAACCAGAUGAAUGGGGUGGAGCGCAUCCUGGAGUACCGCGACAAGAUCGACCACGAGGCGCCGUCAGUGGUGAAGGAAGCAGACCCUGGGGCAGACUGGCCGGCCAAGGGCGAGAUCCAGGUGGACCAGAUCUCCAUGCGCUACCGCCCCGGGCUGCCGCUCGUGCUCAAACAGGUGUCUGUCUCAGUCCAAGGCGGCGAGCGCGUGGGCAUCGUGGGCCGGACCGGGUCCGGCAAGUCGUCCCUCAUGCUGUGCCUGUUCCGCCUGAUCGAGCCGUCAGAGGGGCGCAUUUUCAUCGACGGCACGGACAUCUCGUCCCUGGGGCUCACGCAGCUGCGCUCGCGGCUGUCGAUCAUCCCGCAGGACCCGGUGCUGUUCAGCGGCACGGUGCGCAGCAACCUGGACCCCUUCAACUGCCAUACGGACGACGAGGUGUGGACGGCGCUCAGCCACGCGCACCUCAAGGAUAAGGUGGGAGCGCUGCAAGGGAAGCUGGAGGCAUCAGUGGCGGAGUAUGGGGAGAACUUCUCAGUGGGGGAGAGACAACUGCUCUGCCUCGCGCGUGUGCUGCUGCGCAAGAACCGCAUCAUGAUCAUGGAUGAGGCCACCAGCAGCGUGGACUUCGAGACAGACCGACUCAUCCAGGCCACCAUCCGCACGCACAUGCAGGAGAGCACCAUGCUCAUCAUCGCGCAUCGCAUCAACACCGUCAUCGACGCCUCGCGCAUCCUCGUGCUCAGCCAUGGGGAGGUGAUGGAGUACGACACGCCAGCGGUGCUGCUAGACAAAUCCGAGGGACAGUUUGCAUCGCUGGUGGAGGACACGGGCGAGCAGACGGCGGCGCACCUGCGCAAGAUAGCGCGCGGGGAGCUCGACUUCUUCUCCGCCUACUCCAAGAUUGUCAAGCACGACUGAUUCGUGCUCCAGGACAUGUGAUGCGUGAAUGAGGGUGUCUGGCUAUGGCAAUGGCAUGGCACCCUUUUAGGUUGGAUUGCUUGGUUGCUCGCGUCACAUUCUCGCACGAAUGCAAUAAAAGCUGGGGGUGGUUGGUGGGGAUUUUUUGCUGUGCCUUUUUGUUAUUUCUUCACGUUUGGAAAUUACAGCUGAUCACACAAGCUUGCAAAACCUGAGACUAGUACA